UUGUUUUUGCCCGAAAUUUACCAAACAACAUCUAUCCGUAUCUAGUCUUCCCCUGCCCGCGCUGCUGCCCCCCAGCCUUCCCCGGCCUCCAACGCCACCGCCUUAACCAUCCGCACGUCCCCCCAAGUACACCGCCUGUUCAUUGCCUGCCCGAACAUCUCCUUCGGAGCAUCUCGCCACUCCGUUUCCUGCCUCCGCCUAUUUCAACUCGUCUCUUGCAGUAGCCCCACUCUCCUUAUCGCCACCAUGGCUUCGUUUUUCCCUUACCAACACGCCUACGCCCACAACUCUACAAUGCUCUCGAGCAUUACUCCUACCGCCCUCCAUGCCCCUUUCUACCACACAACUCGUCCCAAUCUUCUCUCAUUCAUGUCCGACAAAUACGUUUCACUUGCGGCCCCCGUGCUGGCUUAUUGGCUGUACUCAUUCUUCUUCCAUUUUCUCGACACGGCCCAAUUCUCCUAUUUUGAAAAACGCAGAAUACAUGACUCGCCUGAAGUGCUGGCGCGGAACAAAGUCACAGUGGCGCAGGUGAUCAAAGCGGUCAUUUUGCAGCAUGUCAUUCAAACAGUCCUAGGCAUGUUCUGGCUUGAGGACGAUGAAGUGAUAUUCAGAAGAGAAGUUAUGAAGGACCAUCUUGCGGCCAUGGGUAACCUAGCGCCUUGGGUGGCCGAUGGGGUUUUGCUCGUGCUUGGAAGAAGAAUAGGAGAACAGGUGCUGAAAAGCAAUGGUGAAGCAAUUGUUCGUUGGGUGUACUGGUGGGGCAUCCCUGCUUUGCAAAUGCUUUUUGCCUUCUUUGUGAUUGACACUUGGCAAUAUUUUUGGCACCGAUCCAUGCACACAAAUCACUGGCUCUAUCGCAACUUUCACUCCCACCACCAUCGUCUCUAUGCCCCUUAUGCUUUCGGCGCUCUCUAUAAUCACCCCGUGGAAGGCUUCAUUCUUGAUACUCUCGGUGCCGCCAUAGCCGAAGAGGUUUCUUUCAUGACCAUCCGACAAGCGACUUUGCUCUUUACGGUCUCGACUCUCAAAACCGUAGAUGAUCACUGUGGUUACCGACUAUGGUGGGAUCCUUGCCAGCUCUUCUUUGCCAACAAUGCCGAUUACCAUGACAUCCAUCAUCAGGGCUACGGUAUCAAGUCCAACUUUAGCCAGCCAUUUUUCACCAACUGGGACAAACUGCUUGGGACCAGAAUGACUCGCGAAGAGGCCGACUCCAAGGGGCGUUGGAGGAGUGUCGGAGGUGAGCAUGUCUUGGAACAAGGACCGGCCAAGAAGCUGGACUAAGUGUCGAAGUCGUGUCUGUCAUGGGGAGUUGGGUUCCUUUCAUAUCUUCAAUUCAUCUGUAUAAACAUUAUUCACUACAUCUUCAUAUCAUAUAAUUACUUUCUCCUUCCAUGGAGUCUGGGCCCUUGCUGUAGGGUGGGGGUUAAUAUCAUUGUGUUUACAUCUGCUCCAAGGUGAUUUCCAACUUUGCGGGUGGGAUGAAAUGGCGGAACGGCCUGUGUGUUGGUUUUAAGACUAAAAAACAGACAUCGAUACAAAGGACGAUGCCUGUUGUCGCCUGUACACGGACUGUAUUUUAUUCCAUCGUUGAUGUCAAUGAUGUCGGUCGUUGCCAUACAACCCUGUGAUACCCCGAUGAUCGGCCCAUCCUCAUGCUGGAAGAGAAGCUGUGAACUCCUUCAUCCGCCCUCCACCAAAACGGCAACAGCCCACUUUUCAGCCACUUACUAUAGAACCGUAACUUUUUCCAUCAUAAUUCGUUCUUUUCCUUCCUUUCCA